AUAUUGUUCUGCACUCUACGCUUCUUGAGGAGAUGGAGACGACCUUCGGUUUUCAACCGGAUAUCGAGGACGAUGAAAUACUUUUCGGUCCUGUGGAAAAUUUCAACCUGUCAUUCGCUCACAAUCGCACAGUUGUAAUGCAUCACAGUGAAUCAGAUGGAGAAUGUACUGAAAUAUUCGAACCGUCGUGGAAUGUAUUUGAACGUGAAUCUGGCUAUAUUAGUGGCAAAAAUACAAAUGCGUUGGAACCUAUCAUCAGUGAUUUCGAGGAGCAUGCAUCAAAUGCUUCCUCUGUUAUGGAUAGUGCUUUCAUCGAUGACGGCGAAAUUGAGUCGAGAAGUUCACAAAAUAGCAAUCAUGAUGAGUCUCACAGUAGCCAGAAAUUCAGACAUUGGGAACAGAAUUCAAGAAACUCGGAAGCCUUACAGAGGAUUGAAAAUCGGUUGCAGAAUUUUAGGAAGAAGUUCAACUUGAACAGCGCUGUCAUUGAUCGCACUUAUUACGAAGACUGCUCUGCGGAAGCAAGUGAAAACCAGAACCCAAGUUGUUGCUAUUCGGAAUGUGAAUCUGGAACCCAAUUGGGAGACAGGACUAUGGCAUUCGUGAAAGAGAUGAAAGCGUCAACUGGCAACGGACAUGAAGGAGUACCAGCCAUUCUCACCACAGAUCUCCGCCGAAAAGCUGUGAAUUUGAAACCGAUGUUAAACGAACACGAGUCAUUGGACAGAUUGACCUCAACUCCUCUGGUCAUCAAACAUCUGAGACCGAUGACUCUUUCUGCCAAGAGGUCAGCUGCAACGGGAACAAAAAACACACUCGGGCACAAUUUACCAUCUGUGUCAGUUAGCACCGGCAUGAUCCAAAACCUAGAGAACACUGAAAAGAAAACGAACUCAAAGAAAGGACCAUUUUUGUCCUCUGAACCAGUUGUAGUAAAGCGUGCUCUUAAUUUCCAAGUGCAGAUGAAAUGAAAGAAUGGAUUGAGUGAUUUUUUGUUUAUCGCAUUAAGUAUGAUUUUUAGCCUGAAGUUAAAAAUUAGCCCGAAAUGCCACAUCUCGAUACCCAAAUUUUAAUCUUCUAGGUUCAAUUCGAGCUGUCUGACGAAUAUUCUGAAAAAAAAAAAACUUCAAAGGUGCUCGAAGCUGAUUGCAUAAGUUGUACCCUUUCGUCUUGAGAAUUUCACCGGUUACAUGAUUCAAACUAACGCCUCUUUCUGAUAAAUUGAAGAUGAAUUUUCAAUUUUUUUUGUAUGUCUGAUCGUUAAAUUCGUGCUAAAUUCAGAUAUUUGAAGUUAUUGAAUUGUGAUUCUUGUGUUGCAUCAUUUUAUUUAGUAAAGUAUUUAUCGAGA